AUGGCCGUCGGCUGCUUGCGUCUGGGGAUGCGUUUUCUAGCCCGCAAGGAGGGGUCCUGGCUCCGACUUUGCCCACAACAAGUGGCACCUCCACUCGCGUCGCCUAGCGCUGCUGGCUUGCUGGUGAAUGCCGAGGAGUCCCUGUGGGUGGAGGCUGUGGAGCCGACACUGCGUCCUGUUCUUGAAGCCCAGCGAAACUUCGUGGUUGGGGAAGAACUCCAAGUGUUGGUGGCUGAGCCCGGAGAUAUGUUUGGCCAGUGGAUUUCAGCUGAAAUUGCAAGCGAUGGGGACUGGCCCAGCAUGUAUCAUAUCCGGGUCAAGGAGCCCGCGUCGGGCAAUUGCAUACGUCGGGAGAAUGUGCCCAUGUGGACUUCAAAGAAGAAGGGCUCGGAUGCGACCGGACAACAAAUCGAUUUCGGAGUUCUCAUCCACGACAAGUCGGACACAGAGUUCGUGCGAAAUGAGUGGAACUCCUUGGCCCUGCAGCUUGGCUCGGCUUCCUUCCACGUGCUGAUUCCGGACCUGCACUCCGCUCCGGAAGUGCUUAGACCCGGCAAGUUGACUGGGGAGACUCUUCGAGAAGUGUUUUCCCGGACGCUGUGCUCACGGAAUCGCAUGAUUCCUGCGCGGUAUCAUUCCGUGAUUCGGCCGAAGGCCAUCGUCAUGGGGUCCUCGUGGGGGGCCGAUAUGGCAGCAGAGGUGGCAGCGCUGGAUGAUGUCGUGGCAGUGGCCAUGGUUUCUCCGCUGAUAG